AUGGUAACAGGAGAAGAAAUUGAAGAAGUGGAACAGUACGUAUAUUUGGGAAAAAUCGACAAGACCACACAUACAAAUAUCUUCAAUUCAACAGUGCUGCCAGCCAUGAUUGUCAUUGACCUGUUCUUCUGUGACAUCUCCCCACUGUUAUUGUUCUCCUUCUCCGAUACCAGCAACUACUGCCUGGUACUUCUGGCCAUGGCUUGUUUGUUUGGGGUGUUCACCAGCCUGACUAUCCUCAUCUCCUAUGUUUUCAUCCUCUCCACCAUCCUGAAUAUCUGCUUCGCCAAGGGGAGGCACAAAGGGUUCAACACUUGCACCUCCCACUUGACGGUCAUCACCAUAUUCAGUCCAACACCAAACAUUCAUGGG